AUGGGUCUCAAGCUCUCAAGAGGGCCUGUAAAAGAGAAAUUGACUCUAGAAUUGACGAGGGUUCACAUUCUGACUUAUCUAACCACAAAUUCUUACCUACGUAACUUGGUAUCCAAGAAAAGAAGACGGUUAAUCAUCGGUGGAUAUGAUCUCGACAUGUCGUACAUUUCAGACAAAUUGUUGGCUAUGUCUUUUCCCGCUGAACGAAUGAGAGCGGUUUAUAGAAACCCUCUUUGGCAAGUCAAGUCCGUGCUCGAUAUGCGACAUCCUGAUCACUACAAGGUUUAUAACCUAUGCAUAGAGGAAUCUUAUGAUCCAGAAAACUUUGAUGGCCGCGUUGAAAGGUUUCCGUUUGAUGACAAUCAUGUUCCAUCUCUUAAAAUGAUACAACUUUUCUGCGAAAGUGUUCAUUCUUGGCUCUCAUUAGAUCCUAAAAACAUCGCGGUUGUCCAUUGCAUGGCAGGAAAAGGUCGAACAGGGUUAAUGGUAUCGGCGUACCUUGUUUAUGGCGGAAUGUCACCUGAAGAAGCUCUUGAGAUGUAUGCAAGUAGAAGGACCACAAACAAUAAUGGAGUCUCAAUACCAAGCCAACGUCGUUAUGUGAAAUACUGGUCAGAUUUACUAUCUUUUCCUAACGGAAUUAUAAAUGGACCUCCAUAUGUUAAAUUACCUCAAGAACAUAGCAGAGAGUUGCUGAGAAUUAGACUCUAUGAUACAGCCAACGUUGAUUCCGUCUUCUUUGUCGUCUCAGAACUUCAAGAGGUUCCAAAUGAGAUGUAUCGACCAUCAGUAGAACUUGCAAGAGGUUGCUGUAGACAAUUCAAGAAAGGGUAUUGUAGAAGUUCGAGUCCACGGUAUUAUAUUUCUCAUGUGAACUGUGAAUCAGAAGAAGAUGAGGAGAUAACAGAUGGAGAAGGGCCGCGUCUUGUUGUUCAAAUGGAUACAGAGAGUUCCAUUAUCGACGAGAAAACAUGUCUUGAUUUCUACUUUGACAAACCUGUGAGAGUAAGUGGAGACAUACGCAUUACAUUCUACCAAAAAAUGAUUGGAAGCCGACUCUUUUAUACUUGCUUCAACACUGCUUUUAUAACCAAUGGCUUGCUUCAGUUUUCCAUAAGAGAGCUAGAUAAAGUUGGUGGUAAUGGAAGAUCAAUAUCUGGUCCUGAUUUUAGCCUGGAGUUACUCUUUGGUCCCGCUAGUUCCAAAGCCGGAAAGCUUCUUUCCCGUGAUGACCUUUGUCUCCCUUGA